AUGCCCGGGCCAACAAGCGGGCAGGACCACCAUGGCACUGUGUCGCCUGACGAAGUUGAUGUGCAUAAUGAGAGUCAUGGGCCAAGCGAACCCUCUCGUGAGGAUAUGAACAUGAGACUGUGCCAGCUUCGCUGCCACCUCCACAUUAAAGAUGAGUUUUACUCGGACAACGAAUGCCCUGUAUGGGCGGUGAUGGAGAACAAGUACGUGUGUUUCUACGAAGAUCAGACGCUGCAGAAAUCUCUUGGUGAGAUAUCGCUGCAACUCGCUCUUAUCAAGACUUUCGACAUCCAUUCCCUGGUUAUCGCCCUCAGCACUGUGUUGGAGCCAGCCGUCGAUGCGACAGAGCAAGAGACACCAGAGGACAGCAUCUACGUCGUCUUCCCUUCUGAGACCAUGAAGAAUCGUUGGGUGUUCGGCAUGGAGAGGUGUGGAGCGAGGAUCCAGGCCAUGAGGAGCUCGACUUCGCCAAAAUCAGCCAGAGACAUGCUGCAUGACUAUCCGAAUCUGCCGAAGCCCAUCCUAAAGAGGCUGGAGGACAGGAAGGACGACAACAACAGUUCCUUCGGAUCAAACGCCAGCAGCAAGAGCGAGGGAAGAAAGGUCAGGUUCGAGAGAAGGAGUCAGAGCUGCGUGCUGUUUGACCAGGGUCACAUUGAGGCUCUCAAGGCGUAA